AUGUCUUCCUCAGACGACAGUGAGGCUGCUACGCUUUGGAAAGUAAAUCGUACAAUUCAAGAGCUCGUCAAGGAUAGGGGCUACCAAGUGGCGGACGAUGAGAUUCAUAUGGACCUGUCCACCUUCGAGUCUCAUUAUGCAAACAGUGCAGGGAGUGUCGAUCGGAAUCAACUCAAUUUCUUCACCAAUCUACGAGUCAACCCUCAGAUAUUUAAGGACAUACGCAGCGGCGUCAUCAUCUUUCCUGGCAUCAUGACCCCAUCGGCGCGCAAGGUUGAAGAGUUUGCGGAGGCCGACCUGCUCGUAUACAUUACACAUCACAAACUCGUUCCUCGACACGACGUUCUCACUCCAGAAGAAAAGAAAAUGGUUCUUGAACGCUACCACUUGAAGGAGACACAGCUUCCUAGAAUUCAGCCAGCCGAUCCCAUUGCACGAUAUUAUGGUCUUCGACGAGGUCAGGUUGUCAAAAUCACUCGCCCGAGUGAAACGAGCGGUCGGUACGCCAGUUACCGCAUAUGCUUUUAA